AUGACUCAUGGAGAAGAGCUUGUCUCUGAGAUGCACCAGGAUUCCGUUGUUCUAACUUACCUAGAGGGAUUACUAAUGCAUCAAGCAGCAGGAGGUUCGAAUUCUGUGGUUGACAAAAAGCCUGUUGGGCCAGGUUCAGAGGAUCAAAACUUCAAGGUUUCUGGAAACACAUCUCCCAAUUGUCAGAGAGAUGGUCCAGUUCCUAACACACAUACAUAUCGAGGUUCUGGAAUGCUGCAUCACAAAAAAGCAAGACUGUUACAGUCUUCUGAAGACUGGAAUGCGGCAAAAAGAAGACGGCUGUCUGAUUCGAUUGUGGAUUUAAAUGGAAAAAAAGAAACCUUGUUAGCUGGCAUGGUUGAAAAUGAGCCUAAAGGGAAACAGGAUAGCACAUUACUGGCGUCUUUGCUUCAGUCCUUUAGCUCUAGGCUGCAGAGUGUUGCUUUGUCACAACAGAUUAGGCAGAGCCUCAAGGAGCAAGGAUAUUCCCUCAGCCAUGAUUCUCUACAAGUGGAGAAAGAUUUAAGGUGCUAUGGUGCUGCAUCCACUCAUUUGAAAACUCUCUUGAAGAAGAGCAAAGGAAAAGAUGAAAAAUUGGAGACUUGUCUGCCAGAACUAACAACAAAUUUGGCAAAAGAUCGAUUUAUAGAAUCUUCACAUACAGGGCAGAGUGCUACCAAGGUUAUAAGUGAGCCAUUGUCUUGUGCUGCAAGAUUACAAGCUGUUGCAAGCAUGGUGGAAAAAAGAUCUAGUCCUGCUACAUCUCCCAAACCCAGUGUAGCUUGUAGUCAGCUAGCUUUGCUCCUUUCUAGUGAAGCUCAUUUGCAGCAGUAUUCCAGGGAACAUGCUCUAAAAGCACAAAAUGCAAAUCAAAUUGCCAGUGAGAGGCUUGUGGCAAUGGCAAGAUUAAAAGAAAGUGCUCCAAAAGAUUCUGGCCAUUUCAAACUGACAAAAGAGAUGGAAAGCCAUCUGAAUGGUCAGACAAAAUCUUCAACCAAAUCAGUAACCUGCAAAAGCAGUAGAACUCCUUUUCAGGGUUCCAUAGGCAUCAUUCAUUCAUCUCCUAAAAGCAUAAGUUACAAAGCCACACUGGAAAAAAAUCAUUUGAAACCACCUUCAAAUAGUAGCUUACUUUUGCACCUUCUUAAGAAUCACAGUGCUACUAAGCAGAGUAAGGAGUAUGAGCAAAAUGAGAGAUCAGGUAUUUUUGAGGAGAGUAGUACACCAACCACUGUUGAUGAUUACUCAGAUAACAAUCCUAGUUUUACAGAAGAUGACAGUAGUGAUAAUGAAAGUUCUCAUUCCAAUUGUCUUCCUAUAGACUUGUCUUUUAAACAGAAAACAAAUAAACCAGAUUCUGGGCAGUCAGCUUCUCUGGACAAUUUAAACCAAUCCUUGCUUCACAACUGGGAUUCAAAAGUUCCUUGUAUAGAGAAUACAGAAGAGAACGACUCCACUAAAAGUACUAAACUGAAUCCACAUCAGAAAGUAACUUUGCUUCAGUUAUUGCUGGGCCAUAAAAAUGAAGACAGUGCAGAGAAAAAUGCAGAAAAUGAGGGCAUAAUAGUUUCACACGAUGUAUCAAAAUUUAAUUUAUCAUUGGGUAACAAAACUGCUGGGACUGAUUGUUGUGUAAAUCGAAUUACUCCAAUAAACACUCCCCCUUUACUGACUUCAUCAAAAGCAGAUUCUCCCAUCAAUCUUUCACAUCAUUCUCCUUUAUUGGUCAAACAUAGCCCACCGCCCUACAUUUGUACCAUACAACCAGAAAGACUAAUUAAUCCAGCUUCUAAACACUUGGUGGAUCUGACAGUACACAGAGAACUUCGAGGAGCUAAGCCUAACCGAAAUGAAACUGGACAAACAUCUUCCUCUUUUAGUGCAAGCAAACUACUGCAGAAUUUAGCUCAGUGUGGGAUGCAGUCUUCCAUGUCAAUGGAUGAGCAAAGGCAAACAGGAAAGCAGAUUAUUACUCUGAACACAGAUAAACCACUAGGAUUGAUAGAUGGGUUGAAUAGCUCCCUGCUUACUAACAAAUCAGGUACACUUGAAGAAAACAAAAUACUGAAUAAGCAGUCUGUGCCUACUGAGCAACGAUUUCCUAGUACAGAAAUCCAGAAUCUGCUUGAAAGACGCACUGUCCUCCAACUGCUUCUGGGAACAUCCAACAAAGGUAUGAAUGAAAUAAAAGAGAGGAUGAUUUCAAAAGAAGACAGUUUAACAGACCAGACAGAAAAGGCUUCAAAUGAACAAAUAUUGACCGUGAAAAUAAAAACUGAGCCUUCUGAGGAAACCAGUGUCCUUCAGAAUCCAAAUGCACAGCAUAUAAGGGAAAGUGAUGGUAAGAAAUUUCAGGGAAUCACUAAUUCAUUAGAGAGAAACACAGCUACUUCUCCAGGAAUAGAAGAAUUUAAGCCAGACCCCCUCUCACCUCAAGAUUUUUCUUUUGCAAAGAAUGGUCUACUAAGUCGAUUACUGAGACAGAAUCAAGAUGGGUGUUCUCCAGAUGGUCUAGACAGAAGUCCUAGAAACAGUGAACGGACAUUUGUGGAAUCAAAGACUCACAGCACAGUACCUAAGAAGAGAAAACUUCAUUCUGAACCUUCAGAAGGUCCUUUAAAAAUACUAAAAAGUAGCAAAGGUAACAUGUCAUCUGAUUCUGCAAACAAUCGCAAGUCUUCUCCAGAAGCCAUGUAUGGGCCUGGGCUUAACCAGAAAGAACUGAAAUUUAGCAGAACUGAUGCUGAGUCAAAGUAUUCUUCAGGUCAUGGUUCAAACAAUGAAUCUGAGAAUAGGAGUUGGCCUAGAGAAAACAAAGGGUUUAAUGUGUUGAAACAACUGCUUCUUUCAGAAAAUUGUGAAAAAGAGUUGUCUCAGCAUAGGAGUAAUUUAUCAGUCACUGAUGGAAAAAAGAAAGGAGGCAAAAAUAAUCUAACAAAUAGUACCUCUUCACUGCAUUCUCUAAUGGGGAAUCCUGGCCAACAAACCAAUUGUUUGGAUCACCGAACAUUUCAGUAUUCAGUCACAAUGCAGAGUCCUGCCAGUUCUCCCUUCACUGAACGUUUGGGAGGUAUAGCAUCAUCAAAACAUGAUUGUGACCAGUUUAGUGUAUGCCAUGUACCUAGUGAAAAGGGGCCUAUCAAAUGGGUCAUCACAGAUACGGACAAAAAUGAACAUGAAAGAGACUCCCCAAGACUGACAAAAACCAAUCCAAUAUUGUAUUACAUGUUACAAAAAGGAGGCAGUUCUAAUAUCCAGGAAGCACAUAGCAAAAAUAUUUGGAGUGAGCCAUCUUUUACAGAAAAUUCAACAGCUGUCACAUUCAAGAAAGAAUUAUCACCCAUCGCAGAAUGUAAAAUACCUUUUCAUGAUGUGAGAAACCCUUAUAAUAGCCAUCUAGGUAAUAAGGUGUCCCUUCAGCAUAAUGUGAACGGAGAAGUAUAUGGACUUUUAGAAAAAGUGUUAACAAUUAAGAAAGAACCAGAGUAA